AUGGGCAAAAGAUCCUUUUGGUGCGAUGAAGAUGCCCGGAAGAGACGCCGUGAGCGUCGUCUUGCUUGUGGGUAUAUUUCAAGAGCCCACCAGGAAGAAGACGCUAUCAGGGGUAAAAACAACCGCCUGGAUAAGACUAAGCACCUACAGCGCCAAUGUGUCACUAUAUACACGGAGUAUCUUGUGGAAGAGAACUAUGAACCAUCUGGUUAUGUCCUCAAAAUUGGCGUCCCUGCUCCAGAUAUUGUUUGCAUCAAAGAUUUCAUUCGUUGGUACAUAGACUCUGCUAAGGAUCAGGGCAGACUCAGUGCAAAUAAAAAGCCCACGGUGAGAAGCACCUGUGCAUUUGCCGAGAGAUUCAUUUGCGGGUUUGAAGAAGCUACGAAAAGUAAAAUUCCGGAUGAAGACCGGACCGAGAUAUAUUCCUGGAUUAAAAAGACCUUGCCGGCGGAUAAAGUCAUCGAAAAUAUCAAAAAGCAGAAAUUCAACUUUACCCGAGACGAUUUUCGAAACAUUGUCUCCUCCAUAUGGGCACGGGAUAGUCCUGUUUUUCUUCAUGGCCUUCUCAAAGUCUUCAUCGUAUUUGCACUGCAGGUAUUCCUCUUCACUGGAGCAAGGAUCGGUGCUCUUAUACCGGAUGCGGAACACAAGAAAGAGAGAGGACUCCGAUACAAGCAUAUCGACCUGGUCCUAUUCCGCUCUGCAGAUGCGCCCUACAAGGUAGGAUGGCGGAUCGAUCAAAAGUGGUUAAAAAACCAUCGUGACCCGAACUACACAGUGUUUGGAAUUGGGAUUCGAGAUCACAAUCGACCGCAGUUUGCGACUGGUAUCUUUCUUCUUACGAUUGCUCUGCACGAUGGAGCUCUGUUUGGUAUUGAAUCAAUGCAAGACUUGGCUCAAUACGACCUUCGUGACGGACAAUACACGGAGAUUCCGCUUCGCUGGAAAGAUAGUGCCUUGGAUCGACCUGUUUUCAGAAAUGUCACUGCACAGGGCCCUCAAGAGGCGGUGCUUGAUAAGCAGCGAUUUUGUACCUUUCUCCGUCAGAUCCUUAUUAUGGCCGGAUAUUCGAAACGUGCCACGAUACACGAUAUUCGUCGGUCGCUUGGCAGGAAGAUCGAAUCAAGACAUGGUUCUGCACCUGUCUCCCAGAUCUACGGCCAUAAAAAUGAAGGAACGUAUCCGACAUACUAUCAAGCCCAUUGUUCGUCGAUCGAUACCGUCGGUGAUGUUUUAGACGAGGAGGAAGAGACUUAUCACAUCGAUUACUUUCAAGGAUACGGGCAAUUCCGGGAGGUUGGGCUGCCGCACGAACUACCUGCCGAAGUGGAGGAAGCCAUCCUGCAGCGUCCGGAGCUGGUUGCCAUACGGGCUCGGAUUGAACAGUUAGGUGCGAAGGCGGACUCUGAUGCUGUCAGUUUCGAAAAGAAUGAAUAUAGGAAGGCCCUUAUUAGCAUUCGACUCUCGGAGCUUCAUCAUUACCAGGCUCAGUGGGUUCGGGAAAGACGCGAUUGGCGGAUCCUAAGCCGCGGCAAGAACCCUUACGAAUCACUGGAGAGCAAUGCAUGUACUCGCGCUCUGACCCAGAUCAUGCCUGAAAUGGGAUGCAUUGCGGAGUCUUUGUCUUCUGCUGAGCCACUCAGUCAUGAAGAAAAGCUCCUGUUCGGGAAUCAAUUGCUUACACAGUGUCGCCGUGAUUACGACGUGGUUUAUCUCCCCGGAGAAUCUCCAAUCAAUGGCCACUGCCCGGUCGAUACGUGCCAGGAAAACAUCCAGGCGUGA